AUGGCUCAAAUACGCUCCAUGGAGGCUCGCGUGGGCCGAAAGAACCAACGCUACGGUUCAAAAGGCGAACGUCUCGUCGCCGGUGUCGUCCCCCUUUCCGCCGAUAAAACCAAAGUCCUGAUGAUUCAAUCCGCCGGACCCGGAGGCUGGGUACUCCCCAAGGGUGGGUGGGAACUCGACGAAAGCACCGCCCAGCAGGCCGCCUGCCGAGAGGCGUGGGAGGAAGCCGGUGUCGUGUGCACUGUCAACAAGGAUCUGGGUCUGAUCCCCGACAUGCGCCCUUUUGCCCUCUUGACUGCGCAAGCUCCCAAGGCCUCCUACCAAUUCUUCGAAGUAACAGUCGACCGAGAAGAAGACGACUGGCCGGAGAGGCACAAGCGCAAACGCCAAUGGGUUGGCUACACCCAGGCGGCCACCGCUCUCGCCAAUCGACCUGAAUUGCUAGAGGCGCUGAACCGCAGCUCCUUAAAACGGUAG